AUGGACGACGGCGACGGAGCCGACCACAUGGAUCAGUUCCACCGCAACGAGGCCAUCUCCGCCGUCGCCGACGACGGCUUUCUUGCCGAGGAGGACGACGACUACGAGGACCUUUACAACGAUGUCAAUGUCGGCGAGGGGUUUUAUCAGUCUAUGAGAAAGAACGAGGCGGCGGUGGCGGAGGAGAAGAAGGUGGACUUGCCGGAGGUCUCGGCCGCCCAGCUACAUCAAGGGGCUCCGAUACCGAGUUCCGGAGGGGGUGCUGGGUUUGGGAAUCAGAAUCUAGGGUUUAGAGGGAACGAGAUGAAAGGGCCGGUUGGCGGUGGAGGUGGGAUGAGGAUUGAAUUAGGGCAAGCGUCGAGUAAAUUGAAUGAGUUUGAGCAGCAAAGUGGGGCUCAAGGGAUGGGUGCUCAGCAGCAACAAUUACAACCGCAAUCGCAGCCUCCGCAGCAACAGUUACAUGGUGGUGGUGCUGCUGGGAAUGUGGGAAAUGAGGGUUUCUUGAGGCAACCUGGUGGUGUCGGAGGGGGGAAUGUGAACGGUGUCGGUGGGAAUAGUGGUCCGGGAGGAGGAUUCGGUGGAGGUGCUGCUGGUGGGGCGACAUUGUAUGUGGGGGACUUGCACUGGUGGACGACAGAUGCAGAGCUGGAGGCAGAGUUGUGCAAGUAUGGACAAGUGAAGGAAGUGAAGUUUUACGAAGAGAAAGCCAGUGGGAAGUCUAAAGGAUAUUGCCAGGUAGAUUUCUAUGAUUCUGCUGCUGCCAUGGCCUGCAAGGAGGGAAUGCAUGGGCAUUUGUUAAAUGGGCGGCCGUGUGUUGUUGCUAUAACAACACCAUAUAGUGUUAAGAGAAUGGGGGAGGCUCAAGUGAAUAGGAACCAACAGGUAUCCCAAACUGCACAAGUUCAACCAAGGAGGGGGCCUAAUGAUGCUGCUGGGAAUAAAGCUGGUGGGAGUGCCAUUACGACUGGUGGGAAUUAUCAAGGUGGGGAUAAUAACAACAGAGGUUAUGGGAGAGCUAACUGGGGCCGAGGUAAUUCUCAGGGUAUGGGAGGUAGAGGUCCAGGUGGUCCAAUGAGGAAUAGGGGUGGGAUGAGUGGCAGAGGUAUAAUGGGGAAUGGUGGAAAUGGGUUUGGGCAAGGUAUUGGUGCAACCCCUCCUUUGAUACACCCUCAGUCAAUGAUGGGUCAGGGCUUUGAUCCAGCUUUUGGGGCUCCAAUGGGAAGAAUGGGGAGUUACGGAGGCUUUCCAGGAGCUCCACAGCCUCCUUUCUCAGGGAUGAUGUCUUCAUUCCCACCUGUGGGGGGUGUUGGGCUGCCUGGAGUAGCCCCUCAUGUGAAUCCUGCAUUUUUUGGACGUAUGCCCAUGAGUGGAAUGGGAAUGAUGCCAACAUCAGGUGUUGAUGGGCCUAAUAUGGGAAUGUGGCCAGAUCCUAGUAUGGGGGGUGGAUGGCCUGGUGAGGAGCAUGGUGGUGGCAGAGCUGGGGAGUCUAGUUAUGGUGAAGAAGCUGGUUCUGAUCAUCAAUAUGGUGAGGCUAGUCAUGAUAGAGGUGGGUGGCAGAAUACCAUGAAGGAGAAAGAUAGAGGUUCAGAGAGGGACUGGUCUGGAUCUUCUGACAGGAGGUAUCGGGAAGAUAGGGACCAAGGGUUUGACAGAGACAUGCCGAGAGAAAAAGAUGUGGGUCAUGACCAUGAAUGGACUGAAAGAAGGCAUCGUAAUGAUGUAGAUGUUAAUCGAGAGAGGGACAGAGAGCGUGACAGAGAGCGUGACAGGGGUCGAGAACGUUCUCGAGAUCACGAUCGUGAAAGGUACAGGGAAGAUAGAGAAAGAUAUGCUGAUCAUCAUAAAUACAGAGAUCGUGAAAUGGUCCACCAGGAUGAAACUGAGAGGGGGCGGUCAACAAGGACUCAUAGUAAGGCACGCUUACCUGAAGAUGAUGACCGUCGUUCAAGAUCUAGGGAUCGCCGUUCAAGAUCUAGGGAUGUUGAUUAUGGGAAGAGGCGGCGGCUUACUUCUGAGUAACUCUUUCUUUUGGUUAGUUCCUUGAGAAAGAAAGAAAUGUGAAAGAAACUUUUGGCCUGCCACGCUCGUAGGACUGUGUUUGGAUCCUUGUUUCUUUAAUGGCUGCGCUGCUUUCUCUUCCUUGCUUCUACAUAACAGGAGUGCAAUUUAAAUCUUGUGUGGCCAAAGAGGUAUGCUGGCAUGCUUAUUGGAAUUAUGUUGAAGCUGUGAACUAGGAAGUAGAGUUGCCUUAAAGAUGAAGAGGAUACCUUUAACAUUCAAGGGCGCAUGGUUUUUCCCUUUCUCUGCUUGGAUGUAGAAGCUGAACUCUCGCUUUUAGUUUUAGCUUUGUUUUGCCUUUUUAAUGUUUAACUCGCGCUUAAUGAAAUUAGAUGUUGUGGAUGUUGUUAUGGCCUGAAAUUUGUUGGCAGAGUCUAAAAUGUAGUAGAUUUUGAAUGUGAUAUUUGAUUGUUGUAAUAGGAUCUAAUAUGCCGUUUUUUAAUUGG